CUUGGAAGAGAAGUUAUAUUUGAUAAAUGUUACAGUUUGUAAUGUAAUCCAUUGAAACCAACUGUCAUUGAUGUUGUAUCUACGCUUCAAGAUAACUAAAUCUGUGCAGCAGAUUGAAACUCACUGAAUAUUUAUUAGUAUUAAUAAAUAUCAUUAUUUUUUGUGGAUAUUUGUGAAUCAAAUGCUUCUAUUACUUCAUCCUAACUUAUCCGUAAAUCGAAGGGCCAUUGUUGAGCAGUGCCUUUUGUACAAUUGUGGAGUCAGAUUUUUCAUCAAACUGACUUCCUUAACAUUUUCAAUGGUCUAAGAGAAAAUGAAGUUAUUUUGAAAAAAAAUUGAGUUGCUUUUCAGGAAACUUGCAAGAUGUAAUUCUGGUUUUCGCAAACACAUUUUAUGAUCUUUCCAUCACGAAGGUAAUAAUCAACUAUAAUUUAACAAUUGAUGGUUGACAAGUAAGUAAUCAAACUAAUAAUUGCUCCAACCUUUUCAACAUUUGCUCUCUAUUUUCACUUUGCAUUCAGUUUCAUAGUUGCAUAAGAUAAGUUUAAUCAGACGGCUUUACAAUAAUAUUGAACAAAUAAUUGAAAACUUUCCAGACCAAUGGAGAGAUGAUCUCAAAAAUUAUAGCAUAUUAAUAAUAAUAAGAUUUAAUUGAUUUGAUUGUUCGAUUGUUGCAAAAAAUGAAGUUGAGUUGACCAAAUUUCGAUUUCAGAAUAUCUUCAAUGUAGUGAUUUAACACAUGCAUGAACAUCCUAUUAGCUAUCAUAUUUAUUUGGAGCAACCCUCAUGAAAUAUCUGAUUGAGAUAAAAGAGCAAAUAAGCAAAGAUACUAAUGAACACGGUUACAAUUAGGUGAAGAUAAAGGGAGAAAUAUAUUAAUCCUGCAAUUUUUCAGAGCAAAAAGAAUCACCUGGGGUUCAUGAGUUUGUAAUGAUUUUGUUAAUCUUAAUGUUUGAGUGAAUUAUUGCGGUGAAAAGAUGGAUUUCGAUCAAUUUUUUUCAUUCCUUCAAUCAUCUUUAGAUUUACCAACACUGAAUACAGAUUAUGCUUCGCAAUGUGACACUUUAACAGUUCAACCAUUACCUCAAUCUCCAUGUUCAAACCAAAGCUUAGCUCUUUUGAAAGCUGUUUGUUCCGAUGAAGAUACUGUUAAAAGUUACUUAAUAGCUGAUGAUCAAUUGAAUAGUCAUAACAAUACAGGACAAAAAAUGCUUAAUUUACCAAAAGGAACUCUUGAUUCUUUCGCAGAAAAUUGGUCCAGCUUUAAUGACCCGAAAAGCCCAUCCAAUAGCCUGGCUACUACUGAGACCUUAUCUCCAGUUCCAACUUCUAUCUCAUCAUACGAAUCUACUGAUCCACUGGCCAUCGAUCUUCUAUACCAGUCCAGGACUCACAACACUUACGAUAAUCUGAAAUUGAAUUUUAUCGCACUCGUUAAACGUGGAUAUAAAUUGAGCCUGUCACUAAACACGGACAAUAGUGAAGUUGAUGAGCCAUGGAAUCCUGAUGUUAGUCAAAAAAUUCUGUCUGUUUAUUUUUCUUCAUUGAGUUUGAAAAGUGAAUAUUUAUCUGAUGAUACUAAACUGAAUGGAUAUGAAACACUAUUAAUGGAUGAAGCUUGUGCCGCUUUUAAGGGUCAGAAAUGCAUGAAUUUGCUUGCAAAUUUAAAUGACAGGAGGCGAGCGAAAGCAAGUCCAGAUAAGCUCAUUGCAAUAUGUAAUGGUAUCAAAAGCUUCAGAAAAAUCGAGACCAGCGAUAAAAUAACUCUUUUAUCCAACAUAUAUUAUCAUCUUCACGCAAUGGACGGUAUUGUUAACUAUGAUCCGACAAUUGACGGCUGGGAUGCUCCAGCAUCUGAUUUCAAAUUUGAUCGACGUGAUGCAUUUCUCUUUAAUCCAUUCUUACACGAUGCCAUUGUUCAUGUAAUCGAAACCUUUCCCGAUCAAUUUAGAAAUGAUAUAAAUGUCAUUAUUCUCAUGUAUCUAAUCAUUAUUUUCAAUGGCGACAUAUCUGGAUUGAAACAUCCCGAAAUAAUCAGACAUGAACAAUUUUCGUAUAUUUAUUUACUUCGACGUUAUUUGGGGACAAUUUUCGAAUCUGAUUGUGAAGCCUCGGACAAUCAUUACAGGUUGAUGGCUAAAAUUGAGCAGUUGAGACUUUUAACUGCAAAAGCCAAGAAGGAGUUAUUUCUGCUACUAAAUGAGCCGAUAGAGGAAACCAUUUCAAAAGCAAUUACAGAAGCAAAUAUGCCGUCAAUAUUUUGAAGAGCUAGAAGAAGUUGAAUGAAAUCAAACUUCAAUUCGUAUCCUGAUAAGUCUCCUUAUAUCUGGUUGACUUUUGAUUUCCGCUUACAUUUACUUUUCAAGAAAUCCAAAAUAGAUAAAAGUCUAGGAGGGAAGAUCGUUUCUAAAUUUAAACGCCACAGUCAUUUAUCUGAUUAACUCCGAGCCACGUCGCAUGAUUUAUUUAAGAUGCAGUCGUAUAAAUGCUUCAUAAGUUUUACCCAAUUUUCAAUAUUGUCGCAAAGUUCGGGUUGUAGGGAGGUUUAUCUAUGAGUCUUAUGACCAAAGUUUUGAGCUGUCAACAAACUGAUUCGAUGAUGUUUGACACGCUUGAGUCCUAUCUUUUUGUUAGCUAAGAGGAUACAAGCUAAAUUUAAACACAAAUCAAUCGUUAUCAAUGCUAAUAUAACGACAUUCAGAGGCCGAUUGCUCAGGAAUGGCUAUAAAUAGAAAUUUGACCCGAUAUGUCAUCCGAUUUCUAAUGAUCGGAUUAUGAUUUUGCUCAAUGUUUUCAUACUCAAGUUCAGGCUCAAAGUUGGAUAUUUCUUCCAUUGAAAACUAAUACUAAAAAUAAAAAAUUCAGAUUUGAACUGAAAUAAUUUUUG